AUGAUUAUGACAGGCACGGUCCCUCAAUAUUCAAUGAAAUGGAGAACAAUUACUCUCCAAAUGAUAGGCCCUCAGCUUGCUCUCUAUACAAAAGAGGAGCCUUCAAAGGUUAGAUAUCUUCGUUUUUAAUAUGUUUAGAACAAUCUUAUUGGUCUGAAAGAGCUAUAAAUAUUCCUGAAAAAUCCAGUCAUUGUUGGCUUUGUAAGACUAAGAUGCAUUAUCAGAGUUCCUUAUAUAUGGUUGGUAAUUUAUCAGCAUAUCGAAAAAAAAGUAACAAAUAGAAAUAAUAAUAAACAUCCUUAGGGCUAUUAAGCACCGAUUUUCAUUCAGAAAUCCAAUUUCAAAACCUACAAAGAUAAAGUUCUAUACAUUCUAAAUUCCAUUUACGAUAGCUUAGGUGGCCCUUAGGAGCUAAGUUGGUGUCUUCACGUUAUUAAGAAUGAUUUUCUAUAAAUAUCAAAUAGUUUACUAUCAACAACUGGAGCAAGAAGGUUUUCAAAGACCCAAAGAAUUAUAACUUACGAUGAUGGAAUCGAAGCUGGUGUAAUCAAUAGCUGGAUCACUGUACUCUUGAAUGCUAACUUUUCCCUCAAUAAUCCCCUUAUGAGCAGCAAUGCACUUCUGACUGAUCCAAAAAGUAACAGAUUGUCUGAUUAUCCUGUUACUAAAGAUAUAAUGUAAUUUGAGUAGUUAAUAAACAGCAAUGAAUUUGAUGCAUUCGAACUACAUUCAGUCACAAAGAAAAAUUCACUCUACUUUAUGUUACAAUACAUGUAUCAAAGAUUUGAUUUAGAGAACUAAAUGGGAAUCAAUGCGAGCAAAUUUCAAGUCUUUAGUAUGAAACUAUAGGCAACGUAUCGUGAUAACCCUUAUCAUAAUCCAAUUCAUGCUGCGGAUGUAGUUUAAAAUGUUUUCCUCUAUCUGAGUAUGGGUGGAGCUUAAGAAAUCUGUAGAGUUCAAACAUUUGAUAUUGCAGGCUUAGUUAUUUCUGCAGCGGCACAUGAUGUUGACCACCCAGGAAAUAAUAAUUUAUUUGAAAUUAAAUCUAAGUCAAAGUUAGCCACUCUAUAUAACGAUCAAGCUGUCCUAGAAAAUCAUCAUACUGCUACAUUCUUUUUUCUAAUAGAAGAUGAAGGAUGCAACAUAUUUGAAACCUUGAGACCAGAUGAAAUAAAUAAGAUGCGAAAAUAUAUUAUUGAUAACAUUCUUUACACAGACAUGACGAAGCACUUUGCAUUCAUAGGGGAGUUAAAAUCUAUGCCUGAUAAAGCAGAUUAUGAUCCAACUGAAAAACAUAAAUAUGAUAUUAUGAAAGCAUUAGUGCAUGCAGCUGAUGUGGGAAAUCCUGCAAGACCUUUUGAGUUAUGCAAACUUUGGGCGCUCAAAAUUGUAUAAGAAUUCUUUCAACAAGGUGAUAAAGAAAAAGCAAUGGGCUUAGAGAUAUCGCUUCUGUGUGAUAGGAAAACUACAAAUUUAGGAAAGAGUCAAAUAGGGUUUAUAGAUUUCGUGGUGCUACCCUACUUUGAUGCAAUCGCAAGGAUACUGCCAGAUAUGUCAUAUUGCUGCGACUAAUUAAGAUAAAAUAAGCUAUAAUGGGCUAGCACAGUAGAUUUUUAUGAAAAAUUAAGAGAAGAGACAGGCAACGAGAAAAUUUGA